AUGGAGCUUGCCAUCGCGUAUAUUGUCGAGGCCUUUCAUAAUAUGGGGCGUUCGCAAGCUCGACUUCACGAAGGAGUCCACAUCAUAGAUAUCCCCGCGCUAAGCAAGCAUAUUAAGGUCAAGUAUCGCAUGUACCAGAUUCUGGAACAUAACAAUCUCAUAAAGCAAGAUGUAGCUGGAGCACAGCUAGCCGACUCCCUCACCGGCCGUAGCGACCCUUUACCCAUCCUCUUCGGGACAGCCAAGGCACGCACACUAAUGGAGAAUGUCUACACGCACGCACCCAUGUUCAGGGCCGGAACGAUAACUCUGGCGCGGUACCUGGUAAAAGUGAUCAAUACGUUCUCUGAAAGUCGACCAAUUCGUAUCCUGGAGCGUGUCGCGGGUACUGAUAGGACUGCGAAGUGUCUGGUUGAAAGUCUUGCCGCCACCGAGCAGAGUUUCCAGUAUACUUUCACAGACCUUUCUGCAUUAUUUGUGGUCGCAGCACGCCAGAAGUUCGCCCAACACGACUUCAUGCAAUAUUCAGUCUUGGACAUUGAAGAAGAACCCGCAGCUCAGUUUCUGAAUAAGUUUGGCAUCGUGAUAUCAACCAACUGCAUGCAUGCCACGAGAGACCUAACUCAAACCUGCACCAACAUUAACAAGUGCCUACGUCCAGGCGGCGUGCUCUGUCUUGUCGAGCUUACCCGCAACCUUCCUUGGUCUUCGCCCAGCGCUGUUGUCAAUCCUAUCACGAUGGAGACGGUCACGAUGAAACGCGUCGGCGGCGUGGCCCUUGAGCUCAACAUCUACUACCCAGAGGAGCAAGACUGCGGCGAUCAAGCCCGCCCGGUGGCUCCGACGAUUCACGAGGGUGGCCAUGUCAUGCUUUUGCGUAAAGAUAUCUGUCCGUCCCAGGCCCGGAUGCUCCUUGCGGCCCGUUUCCUGCCAGUCAGCGUCGACUAUCGCCUGUUCCCAGAAACCACUCUUCUUGACGGUCCCAUGCAAGAUGUCUGUGAUGCACUCGCGUGGGCGCGGAGUGUUCUCCCUACACUAUCACUCCGACGCGCCGGCAUCCGCGCCGAUGGUACACGGGUUUUCGCUGUCGGCUGGUCUACCGGGGGACACCUUGCGCUCACGCUGGGCUUCACUGCACCUUCACGGGGUAUCCAACCUCCUGAAGCAAUACUGGCCUUGUACUGCCCCACGGACUAUGAGGGCCCCUUUUGCAGACGGCCCAAUCUCCCAUUUAGUCACGAAGUCGAUACCAGGCUGCAAUAUAACCUAUUGGAAGGACUCUACGACCGGCCAAUAACCGCGUACAACCCCCCAUCCACGAAGCGAGCACUGGGCGGGUGGAUGAGCCCGACGGAUCCUCGGUCACGUAUCACGCCGCACAUGAACUAG